UUUUUCGCAGGCUGCCUUCUGAUCAUGUCUUCCAAGAAGAACAGAAAACGGCUGAACCGAAGCGCAGAGAAUGGUUCAACCUCACCCUCUUCAGCUUCCUCUUCUUCGGGGCCCUCGGCUCCUUCAGCUGGGCCGGGCACCGCGGCGGCGGCUGGGAUCCUGGUGGUGACCAAUUUUUUAGAAAAGGAUGACAAAGUUCCUACAACAUUACAAAAUUCCCUUGUUCAACUUGGACUCAACACUAUGAAAUCUGCAAAUAUAUGUAUAGGUCGACCGGUAUUGCUUACCAGUUUGGAUGGAAAACAAGAGGUCUAUACGGCCUGGCCUGUGGCAGGAUUUCCUGGAGGCAAGGUUGGCCUGAGUGAAAUGGCACAGAAGAAUGUGGGUGUGAAGGUUGGUGAUGCCAUUCAAGUCCAGCCUCUGUUGGGUGCUGUGCUUCACGCUGAGGAAAUGGACGUGGCACUCAGUGACAAAAAUAUGGAUAUUAAUGAAGAACAACUGACUGGUUGUCUUCUGAGAAAACUAGAUGGCAAAAUUGUUUUACCAGGCAACUUUUUGUAUUGUACAUUCUAUGGACGACCAUGCAAGCUGGAAGUGUUGAGAGUGAAAGGGACAGAUGGCAUGCUAUUGAGAAGACCUCAGGAUGAUACCAAUGCCCAAGGAAUGGCCUGCGAACAGCCCAGCACAGAAACUAGUACCCUGGAUGUAGCCUUACAGCUAAGCCAGUUAGAACUGGAAGAGCCUCAAGAUCCGACAUCAAGCAGUACUCCUUGCAAACCAGUAGAUGACAGAAUGAUAAAUAAAGCUAGUGACAUUUUGUUGGAUGUUACACAGAGUCCUAGGGACAGCUGUGGACUUGAACUAGCAGAAGUCACAGGACUUAAAUGUAGUUUUGAGUCGGCCAAAGAGGGAAAUGAGCAACUUGUCAAUGAAGAGAGAUUGCUAAAGUCAGCCUAUGUGGGAGCAAAGUGCCACACUGAUAUUUUUUAUUUUAUUUCUUCAACAACGAGAGUGAAUUUUACAAAGAUUUGUAAAAAUUCAGAAGGGCAAGACAACCAAUUCAAAGUAACUUAUGACAUGAUAGGAGGCUUAAAUAGUCAGCUGAAAACAAUUAGAGAAAUAAUUGAAUUGCCUCUCAAGCAGCCUGAACUUUUCAAGAGUUAUGGAAUUCCUCCACCUAGAGGAGUGUUACUCUAUGGCCCUCCAGGUACUGGGAAGACCAUGAUUGCUAGGGCUGUUGCUAAUGAAGUCGGAGCCUAUGUUUCUGUGAUUAAUGGUCCUGAAAUUAUAAGCAAAUUUUAUGGGGAGACAGAAGCAAGGCUCCGUCAGAUAUUUGCUGAAGCCACUCUACGGCACCCAUCAAUUAUUUUUAUUGAUGAGCUGGAUGCGCUUUGUCCUAAAAGAGAAGGAGCUCAGAAUGAAGUGGAAAAAAGAGUGGUAGCGUCACUGUUAACACUGAUGGAUGGUAUUGGUUCAGAAAGAAGUGAAGGACAAGUGUUGGUCCUUGGGGCCACAAAUCGCCCUCAGGCCUUAGAUGCUGCACUGCGAAGACCUGGACGAUUUGAUAAAGAGAUUGAGAUUGGAGUUCCUAAUGCUGAGGAUCGGCUAGAUAUCCUCCAGAAACUUCUUCGAACAGCACCCCACUCGCUCACUGAAGCUGAGCUGCUACAGUUGGCAAAUAGUGCUCAUGGGUAUGUUGGAGCGGACUUGAAAGCCUUGUGUAAUGAAGCAGGUCUCUAUGCCUUACGGAGAGUCUUGAAGAAACAGCCUAACCUCUCUGAUAGCAAGAUGGCUGGGCUGGUGAAGAUUACUCUGAAUGAUUUCUUACAAGGGAUGAAUGACAUCAGGCCCAGUGCUAUGAGGGAAGUAGCAAUUGAUGUACCAAAUGUAUCCUGGUCAGAUAUAGGAGGACUGGAAAAUAUCAAACUGAAAUUGAAACAGGCUGUAGAAUGGCCUUUGAAACAUCCAGAGUCUUUCAUUCGAAUGGGUAUUCAGCCACCUAAAGGAGUUCUUCUGUAUGGGCCACCUGGAUGCUCUAAAACAAUGAUUGCAAAGGCUUUAGCAAAUGAGAGUGGUCUGAAUUUCCUGGCUAUAAAGGGGCCUGAAUUAAUGAAUAAAUAUGUUGGUGAAUCUGAAAGAGCUGUUAGAGAGAUCUUCCGAAAAGCGAGAGCAGUGGCUCCUUGCAUUAUUUUCUUUGAUGAACUUGAUGCCUUAGCAGUUGAAAGGGGCAGUUCUUCAGGUGCCGGGAAUGUAGCUGACCGUGUUCUGGCUCAGCUCUUAACAGAAAUGGAUGGUAUUGAACAGUUAAAGGAUGUGACCAUUUUGGCAGCUACUAACCGCCCAGAUAGGAUAGACAAGGCUUUGAUGCGGCCUGGAAGAAUUGAUAGAAUCAUCUAUGUGCCAUUACCAGAUGCAUCAACAAGAAGGGAAAUAUUUAACCUGCAGUUUCGCUCUAUGCCAAUCAGUAAUGACGUCGAUUUGGCUGAACUCAUCCUCCAAACUGAUACAUAUUCAGGAGCAGAGAUUAUAGCCGUCUGUAGAGAGGCUGCUCUUCUGGCUCUGGAAGAAGACAUUCAAGCCAACCUCAUUAUGAGAAGACAUUUUACUCAAGCCUUGGGCAUUGUGACACCCAGAAUUCCUAAAUCAUUGAGACGUUUCUAUGAAGAGUAUCAAGAGAAGAGUGGGCUGCAUACACUCUGAGAAAGCAUGCAUAUUCAGUAUGCUAAAAACGCUUUCUAGAGAAAACUCGUUUCUUUUUUAAACUGUCUUGAGAGUGUCCAGAACAACUCCUCAUAAGCAAAACGUCUGAAGUUGAGAGGCUUCAGUGUUUAAAGACAUUUUAAAUCCUAUGGAUACAAUGAAAACGUCCAUGAAAAAUCUCUGCACACAAGUUUAAGUCAGUUUUAUCUGGAAAUGUGUGCUAAGUUUUAAAAAGCAAACUUCAGCUUUUUCGUUUUUGACCUAGUUUAUGCAUCUCAUGAAAUGCUUUCCUCACUCCAGAAUCUGUUUCGCGGCAUUGCUAAAUGCAGGCUGUGCGCAUCAGUUUUAUACAAGAACAUAGAAAUUGUUCAUGUGGAUUAUGGCACCUGAGUGGCUCAGUCAUUGAAGUCUCCAACUCUUGAUUUCAGCUAAGGUCAUGA